AUGAAGGCGAUAGUGGUCCGUGAGGGCCAGCCAACUCUCGUCAGCGAUCGCCCUGUUCCCCUUAUCCGUGAUGGCGACGUCCUAGUCGAGGUUGAGACAGUCGCACUCAACCCAACAGAUUGGAAACACCUAGAGUACAAAUUGGUGGAAGAUGGAUGCCUCGUAGGCUGCGAUUUCGCUGGUCGCGUGGUUGAAGUUGGAAAAAGUGUCAACAAACCCCUUUCUAGGGGCGAUCGCGUGGCAGGCGUCGCUCACGGUGGGAACAGUUUCAUUGGAAGGCAUGAGGACGGCGCAUUUGCCGAGUAUAUCGUUGCGAAGGGUGAUAUUUUGAUCAAACUUCCCGAAAGCCUCAAUUUUGAAGAAGCCGCGACAUUACCACUCGGUGUAGCCACUGUCAUGCAAGGUUUAUAUCAAAAAGGCCUGAAGAUGAGUUUGCCGGUCAAUCCGAGCAAGGAAAACCCCUUCGUGUUGAUAUAUGGGGGAGCAACUGCGACUGGAGCACUAGGCAUUCAGUUUGCUAAGCUAUCAGGCUAUACUGUUCUCACAACGUGUUCACCAAGAAACUCGAAAUAUGUUCAAGAGCUGGGAGCUGAUGAGGUUUUCGAUUACAAUGAUAUCAAUGCAGGCCUGAAGAUCCGCGAAUUCACAAAGAACAAUCUUCUGCUCGUUUGGGAUAUCAUCAGCACUGCGGCGUCAGCUCAAAUCUGUGCUAAUGCUCUCUCUUCGGUCUCUACUGGCUGUCGUUACUCUUCAUUCUUGAGCAAUCGAAGUCCAAGAGAGGAUGUCGAGAGUAUUGGGACUAAUAUGUACACUGUUUGGGGCGAAUAUUUUCGAGUUGGAACACUUGAGUAUCCCGCCAAUUCGGCAGACUUCGAGUGGGCAACAAAAUUCAUGGGACUGACGGAGGAGCUUCUCGCCAAAGGUCAACUAAAGCCUCAUAACUAUGUUAUGAAGCAGAACGGACUCGCCGGGGUGUUGACGGGCUUGGAUGAUUUGAAGAGCAAUAGAAUCAGUGCUCAAAAGCUAGUCUAUCGAGUUAGUGAGACACCGUGA